CAGCACAAACUCAAUAAAAUGUUCGUUCACACACAUCUGUAGCUUCAUGUUGCAGACUGACAAACCUACGCUGCUUCCUGGUUGAGAUUUGUUUUACACCGCCUGUUGCUGGAGAUGGAGAAGAGCCGGGAGAAAGUGCAGCCGAAACCUAUUCGCCCCAUAGCUGCGAUUUGCAACAACAUGGGGAUAGGGAGAGACGGGGCAUUGCCCUGGAGUUUACCAUCUGAAUUCCAGUACUUUCUGAACACCAUCACAAAAGUGUCGCGACCAGGAAAUAUGAAUUUGCUGAUUUGGGGGCGACUAUGUUGGAAUUCCCACCCAGGAAAUAUGUUUCCGCUUCCCAACUGUCUGCAUGUAGUGCUUAGUAAGACACUGAGCUCAGUUCCAGAUCAUGCCCACUUCUUGCGUCGAGACUUUGAGAGUGCUGUCGACCUGGCUGCUGAGCCCCCCCUUGCUGACAUAAUAGAGACCAUCUGGAUUGUUGGUGGGACGCAGGUCUAUGAGGACGCGUUGAAGCACCCAUGGUGUGACCUACUUUACCUGACAGACGUGAUGGCCGACUUUGACUGUGAUGUGUUCUUCCCUGAGUUUGACAGACAUGUAUUUAAACUACAGGAAAAAUUUCCUGAUGUACCGAGUGAAAUUCAAGAGGAGAAUGGGAUUAAGUUCAAGUGCCAGGUUUUCAAGAAGGAGAUUGCUGAUACUAUGUAGAUAAAAAAAACAAAGCAUCUAAAUCUAAAUAACCACACCAACGGCGCAGGAAUAAUAUUAAAAACAAAUCUUUACACUCCUAGCUGAAUCAAGUCCUGGCAAUACUGUAGUUUUAAGACUGCAAAUAAUAAAAGGUUUUGCCAGAAAUCGCAAAAUUGCUAGAACUAGCCAAUAUACAGUGAAAGCAACAUAAAAAUAACUUAAAUCACUUUCAGCACAGACCGAAGCAACAUUAAAUGACAUGAAAGUUCUCCUUUUGGCUUCAGCUGUCACCUUUUCAGAUUCCUUGUAUCAUCCUCCCACGCUAAUAUUCUGCAGCUGCGAUUAAAAUGUGUUUGUCCUUUGGCAGGUCAUGAAAAAGUCACCCUGUGUUCUAGUUUUUUACAGCAAAUCUGCUGCUUCCUAAACUGACACCGCAUGUGCCACUUUGGGGAGUUAUACACAUUAAGAUCCUGCUGGUUUCCUUCAAAUCACAGUAACAGAUAUGGAGAAGAGUUACAAUUUGUAAUUUAUUAUGAAAAUUAUUUAUUUACUUUUUUAUUUUACUCUGUUUAUUAUUCCUCUUUGAGAUCAUUUCUUCACAAACAAGUAGGUGUUAUCCUUUUAAAAAAAUCAUUUACAAUAUGUCAAUGUUUCUUCCAUGUGAUUAAAAAGAGCCAUGAAAAUCAA